AUGAACGCUGUAGCUGAGGCAGUGCGUGAGGCUGUAGUAGCAGUGGCUAGGGUUAUUGAACGUCUUGGGGUUAAACCGCCUAAGUUUAAAGGUACACUCAUUGCGACUGAUGCUGACAACUGGUUUCGAGCUAUUGAACGAUCACUGCGAGCGCAGCAUGGGAUACAGCGACUGUUACAACAAGAUGAAGGCGAUAUUCCUUGGAAUACUUUUAAGGAUGAAUUUUAUAAGAAGUAUUUUCCGAGGGCAGCUCGUGACGCUAAGGAGAUGGAACUUAUGCAGCUGAAACUGGGUAACACAACUGUUGCAGAAUAUGCCCGUAAGUUUGAUGACUUGUGCCGUUUCUCCAAGAUCUGCCAAGGGAAUCCUGCUGACUUUGAAGAAUGGAAGUGUUUGAAGUUCGAAGGGGGCCUUCGUGGGGAUCUGAUGAGUUCAGUAGUUCUAUUAGAGAUAAGAAAUUUUGCUGAACUGGUGAAUAAAAGUAAACUAGUGGAAGAAUGUUCAAAAAAGGUGGCGAUAGCUCGAGCAGAUCGUAAGGAAACCUCAGGAAGAGACUUUAUUCAAGAUCUAGCCCCUCAAGGUCGUAACUUUAAGUUCAGUGGUCAGUUCCAUCGCCAAAAUAGGAAUCAACGAAAUGGUAACUUUCUCAUUCGUAACAAUGGCAAAUACGACAACAAUAAUCUGGGAGAAGAAGAAGGAGGUCAACCUCAGGAAAUUCAGGAUAUUUCAGUAUGCUCAAGGUGUGGGAAAGAUCAUGGUAACAUACCAUGUCAGUAUGGGACAAACCAUUGUUAUGCUUACGGAGAACCUGGACACAUAGCUAGGAUUUGCCCAAGGAGGUUUGUUCGAGAACCAGCAAGGCCAAAACAACAAGGAAGGAUUUUUACCGUAACUGCUGGCAACAUAAAUGCAUAUAAUUCUUCCACUCGAGGUGAGUACCACACUAUGGUUUUUCUAGAUAAUACUGUAACUUCUUAUGCGCAUGUUAAAUUUUGA